AUGACCCCCAAACCGCUCAGCAGUCGUCCACUCGACUUGCUCUAUGUCGUCUUCUUCGUCCUUCAUCUCAUCAUAACGCUCACCAUCGACAUCUUGCCGCUCUGGCCCGCCUCUGCGCAAACCCUGCCCGUGAUAAAGGAUGUCUAUAACGCGCUGAAGAGCGUAUCGUACGACUACAUGACAAAGAGCAAAGACCCAUUCGCGCUCGCGAGUUGGGGUCUCGUCCAGCACGAAUGGGAGUUUUACUUCAUGAAGAUUUUCCUAUACAUGGAGUUGGUGAUUCAGAUCCCAGCAUUUAUUCUUGGAACAUAUGGACUCCACAAAAAUAAGCCAACCUUUUACCCGUUAAUACUUUGCUACGCCACCGCCGCGCUCGUUACGACGACGACGGUUCUCUUUGUCGCCAUCAACUUGCCUUCGGCGGACGAUCCCUCGCUCGACGCAAGCUCCAAGUUUUACGCUCUCACGCACCAAGCACGUUGGACGAUUCUCGGUCCACUCAUUCCGUUCUUGGCUAUUCCGGCGGUUAUGUGGGUGGACAUGUUCAUUCGGGUCAUGGACCUCGUGAGUGUAUGUGCAUAUAAGAAAACCGUGGCGGAGAGAGCAGGAAGGAAGAAGAAAGAGCUCUAG